GUUUCCUUCUACCAUAUCACUAUGAACACACCAAGCAACGAGAACAUGCCCCCUUUGCCGGAGGGUUGGGUCCAAGAGUGGGACCCGAAUUCGCAGCACCCGUUCUGGGUCGAUACAAAGGCCAAUCCUCCGAGAGCCAUCUGGACCCAUCCAUUCGACGACGAGCAGUACUUGUCCGAGCAUCCCGAAGUCCGCGAGAAACGCGAAGCGCAGUUGAGGGGUCGACAAGAUUCCAAGUCGGACGGCUUGAAGCCGCCCUCGUACGACGAAGCAUUGAGACGGCAUUCGUAUCACGGCGAGUCGUCGUCCGCUGGCCCUUCCCGACCUUCCGCUAGACGUGACGCGAGCUCACCGCCCGCUGGUGUGAGCGAGAAAGGCAAGGCAAAGGAGCGAGGAUUCUUUGGCAAGAUGAAAGACAAGGCCAUCGGGACGAAGGAAGAGCGUGAGGAGCGCAAGAGGCAGAUCAGACUGCUGGAGGAACAGCAGGAGAGGCAGCGGCAAGAGCUGAUGAAGCAACGGAUGGAGGCGAUGCGUCAGCGUUACGCGCAGGGAUAUUCCGGCCAGUCCGCGUACAGUUCACGACCGAUGUAUGGUCCCCCGGCAGGCAACCCCUACAGCAUGACUGGCGGGUAUGGGUACGGUGGAUACGGCAGACCGCUCGGAGGCGGAAUGGGAGGCAUGGGAGGAAUGGGCGGCUUCGGAGGUGGAGGUAUGGCGCUGCCGCUAUUGGGCGGGAUGGCUGGUGGAUUGCUGCUCGGAGACAUGCUAGAUGGCGGGUUUGGAGGAGGCGGAUUGGAUGGUGGUUAUGAUGACGGUGGCUUCUUCUAAGCCCAAGCUACUCGCGAAACUAAUACGAGCGACCUUGGACGCGAGUGGCUCUGUCUCGAGAUACCCUGUUCCCCGCAAUAUACAUGUAUCCACGUACUAAAUUUUGUAGCAUAGCGGAUUGAAUCUGCUUCAUAUACUUAGGACCUUCUAUACACGUUGAUGUAAAAUCGCUUCGGUAACGUGAGUUUCGACUCCCGGGC